UUCGCCGUUGACAGUUCAAUGAAUCUCUAGAGAGUAAAUAUCAGAAGAAACAACGGUUCCCUGGUCGGAGCUAGUGGGGGGAUUUAUAGACAAUGGUAUGGUAUAUUGGCCGGGGGUUGGACAAAGAUACAAGCAUCUUUUUUAAUCGAAGAAAAAUCGGCAGUACCAUUUCUCCAGGAUUUUCGACCUUGUCUUCAAAGAGUAUUUCGGCCUCAUUACUAGUAGAGACGGUCCAAACGCCGUUGUCACAGAUUUAAGAGCUGCAAAUCGUGAACGCACGUAAGAGCACACUCUCGUGUUCGUCCUCACCGAGACUUGAACUUGUAAGAAGAUAGUGUGAUGGGGUAGCACCUCACUUUAUGUUUAAUGAUCAGAGACUUUUACGAAUAACUUCA